GCAGCAUGUGUUGAACGGAAGGCGGGCACUCACACAGGUUGCCAGUACUCUCUAGCAGUUAAUAGAGAGAGUAAUCCCGUUACUGCCGCCAAAUGACAGGAGUCACAAGUAAAACUGAAGCGCAUUGCUAUUGGACGUAGCGAGGGUUGGACUCCAGCACCACGCCGCCUGAAAUUAUAACGCAGCGAGCGCGUCUGGGCAGUCGUUCCUCGUUGCGCGCUGGAUAUGGAUCAGAACGCAGCGUGCCUCCCUGCUGUCUCCCGCGGACAGGCUGCACUCUGCGGCGCAUAACAAGGUGCCCAAAUGAACCACCGCCCUCCUGGCUCCUCCGGCGUGCAAUGGCUUAACAGGAGAGACAUGAGUGUCCGGACGGAGGACAGCAUCACCUUGUGCCAAAGGGCUCUCCAAAUCGUUACGGAACUUUGUCUCACGGGACACGUAGACCGGGAGAAAUGUUCGGAUAUAUUCCCCCUGGAGAGCAACAUACCAGGUAAAGGACACGCAGACAUCUCUAUUAGUCUCCUUGCUGUGGUCGUGGGUUUCUGUGGCCUCGCCCUGUUGGUAGUCUCUCUCUUUGUCUUUUGGAAGCUGUGCUGGCCCAUUUGGAGGAGCAAGGCUCUCUCAGCCCAUGUCGAAAAUGGCCUCCACGUGGGCUUCCCCGAGGCACCUCCACCCAACUCCCCGCCAGUCACGGAGUGCAAAGUGGCGGACAUGGAGAAGAAGUACCCGCUGGAAGUGAAGGUGAACGGACGGAGCUCUGUCAAGCUUCUGGAGGCGGCCAUGAAGAUCAGCCAGACGUCUCCAGACAUCCCAGCCGAGGUGCAAACAGCCCUGAGGGAAAAGCUCAGCCAGCAGGCUAAGAUCCAGAGGCAAACCACUGAGCCAACCUCCUCCUCCAGGCACAAUUCAUUCCGGCGCCACCUGCCUCGUCAGAUGAAUGUCACCAGCUUUGACUUCAGCAUGGACACAGUGCCUCUCCGCCAGUCUUCUACAGCGAGCAUUGGAAGAAUAAAACCCGAACUCUACAAGCAGAAAUCUGUGGAUUCAGAGGAUGAGGCCAAAGAUCCCGUGGAGACUUGCGGAAAGCUCAGCUUCUCGCUGCAGUACGACUACGAGGAGCAAGCUUUGGUGGUGAGAAUCCUCAAGGCCUUGGACCUGCCUGCCAAAGACUUCACGGGCACCUCCGACCCGUACGUGAAGAUCUACCUGCUACCGGAGAGGAAGAAGAAGUUCCAGACGCGCGUUCACCGCAAGAAUCUGAACCCCACGUUUGACGAGACCUUCUGUUUCCCCGUGGUGUAUGAUGAGAUUUGCAACCGCAAGCUGCACUUCAGCGUCUACGACUUUGACCGCUUCACCAGCCACGAUAUGAUUGGCGAAGUGGUGGUGGACAACCUCUUUGAACUCUCUGAUCUUUCCAGGGAGGCUGUAGUGUGGAAGGAUAUUCAUGCAGCAACUACGGAGAGUGUUGACCUGGGAGAGAUCAUGUACUCGUUGUGCUACCUCCCCACAGCAGGGAGAAUGACCCUAACAGUCAUCAAAUGCAGAAACCUCAAAGCCAUGGACAUCACAGGCUCCUCAGACCCUUAUGUAAAGGUUUACCUGAUAUGUGACGGACGGAGGUUAAAGAAGCGAAAAACAACCACCAAGAAAAGCACACUUAACCCAGCGUACAACGAGGCCAUCAUCUUCGACAUUCCCCCGGAGAACGUGGAACAAGUCAGUCUGUCCAUCAUGGUGAUGGAUUAUGAUCGGGUUGGACACAAUGAGGUGAUCGGUGUGUGUCACGCCGGGCCAGAUGCUGAGGGUCUUGGACGAGAUCACUGGAAUGAGAUGCUGGCUUACCCGCGGAAGCCAAUCACGCACUGGCACGCUCUCGGAGAGUGGCCUGGAAGAGCAGCAAGCUUUGAGAGUCAAGGUUCGUGUCCGUCCCCCAAACCUCCACAUACACCUUGAUGAUCACAGGUAGAGUGAUGACGCCACCUCUGUAAGAAAACCGGAUGUUUGUUUAGAGUUGCUGGGAAGUCGUGUUGCCUAAUGAGUGUCUUGUGAGAAUGUUGUAUGAAAACUGAAUUCAUUCCAACAACGUAUCUUAUUUGUUUAUAUAAACAAAUAUUGUGGUGAAGUUGUUUUUACUCGUUCAUUGGAACUCCAGUUCUUCAAGUGCUAUACAGAGCUGGCUAUGCACAGCACGCAUUCAAUUCAAGAGUUUGUUUUUCAUACAUCUGCACAGAAAGGCUUUAUCUUGCCAAACAUUUACACAGACCACAUGAAUGGUAGGCCUCACUGCAAGAUGUCUUGAGUGAUUCGCCUGCAGGGGUAUCAACAUUUUUUUCCGGCCCAAGAGCUCUUUAGUGAGUUAGCAUUUUACUUCAAAAUGGCACAAAGCUAAAGGGCUACGCUGCUCAAUGCCAUGAAAAUGUUUGCUGGAUGAAAAAACGGUCAAUAAAUCCAGGUUUUGGCUGAAGAAUGCAGAUUAUUGAGCAUCUACAAGGGCUGGGUAAAUCUCUUCAAAUUCAUCAGUCACGACUGUCACAGAUAGUAGAGCCGGUCAUUAACCAGCCAUUGUUACCUGCAGAUAUUAGAGAAGUCAAAAGGACUCUGUCUAAAACUGUAGCAGAUACAUGUAGCAAACAUAUGUACAGAAAAGUGAACAACAGUCAAAUUAAAAGCAUGUUUGAAAUAACAUUACAACUAGGAAGAGUUGUUUUUUUUUUUUUUUUUUUUUUUUACACACCUGAUAAAAUUGCAAAUUGAGCUCAAUAAAUAUAAUUAAACUGUUUACAUUGCAAAUGGUACAUCGGUUGAUAAUUUGGCUUCACAUUCUACUUUACAAAUUAGUUAUUGAAAGGUAAAUGGGAAGGUCUUUAGAGGAUGUCAAAAUAUUAAAUAACAAUGUUAAUUAAAAAUAUAUGGAGAGGUUAGGCUACAUGUGCCAAUGGCUCAAAAAUGAGUGUACAAUCCUAGCUUAGCAACCAUAACUGGCCACAGCAGGCCUGUCACUCUUUUGUUUCUUGUUAUUUACCAUCUCCAAAAUGAAAAGACCAAAAAUGUAAGAAAUGGAUAAAACAGUGCGUUUAUGUGCUCUUCAGCUGCUCUAACGUUAGCAUGUCUGACUAACUACAGUAGCAACCCAGCCUUAUACAUCCAGGGCCAGGAGCAUUUUAUAUUGCUUUAUUUUGUGAGGUUACGGGUUUCAAACCCCGUUCACAAUAAGAACAUCGACCCUGGAAGUCAUAGUCCUGGAUGAUCACAAACCCCAGGCAAAUUUGUUAUCUGCUAUAGCGUUACAUUCACAUACACAUUAGUUAGUCCUCAUCCUAAAAGCCUUUUUGUUCGUAAAGUUAAAAGUGAACAUACAGUUUGGAAAUACAAAUAAUUAAGUAUAAAUUUAACCUCUGUCCUGCUUAGAUUAGUCAAAUCUUACAUGACUUUUUGCCUUGGACAUGCUUCUUUAGCCACACAAUAUCAGCUGUUAAAAUCUGCUAGCGACAAGAGUCAUUUCAGCCGACAUCAAUAAAAGGUCGCCAGCUUGAAAUGAGAGGCUGCUUUUGUCAACCUCUGUUUGAAAUAAAGGACUCAUUGUUAAUUUAAGGGGUUAAUCUGCCACCAUGGUCAGAAUGGAAAGCUUGACAGGCAUAGCAACAGUGACUAAGAGGGGUGGAGCUUAGCAAAGGCUCAAUUCAUCCUUUCUAAGUCCCGCCCAUUUUUGGUCUGCGCUCAAAUAAUCAUUGAGCAAGCUUCAGUCAUUACAUCAAUCAAACUUAAAAUGACCAGUGUGUAGGAUUUAGAGGCACAACUGAACACUGCUCGUGUACAUAGCAUAUCUAAGUACAGGAGAGGAGAAAGUUGACUUACCGAGGCUUGCUCAACUGUUAUUGGAGCACAGAGCAAAAAGGGGCGGGACUUAGGAAAGGGUCAGUUGGUCAAACAUAGAGUAGGGUAAUACAGAUAAUCGAAUCUCAACCAGACUUUAUUGCACAACAGUUGUUUCUCACCAGUUACAGAUUCAGGGAAUUAUAAUCCAUUAAACAAGUUACACACACAUCAAAAAUAUUUGCAAAUGUUAUGUAUUUUAUUCACAUUAAGCCAUAUGAAAUUAAGUUCAAUAAAGAACAUUGACUCAGCUUCUCCUUAUAUGCGAGUAAUAAGAAACUAAUAAGAAACCAACAUAGCAAAUAGAAAAAGGCUAUGUACUGUUAACUUAACUUGCACAUGCAUAUAAUCAUGCUUUUUUUCCCCCCCUGCGCUGCCCUUAAUAUUAAAAAUAAGUAUUUUUACUCGUAGCAUGCCUCUCACCACUUUAAAAACACACCUAUUAAAUUAGAGUAUCUAAAAAAUUUCAAACUUUGUGUUUACAUUUGUGUAUAUAUACUUGUCAAUGGCACCGUUUGUAUAUAUUUCAAAAGUGGAAUUUAAGAAGUUGUCGUAAAGUUAUGGAAAUCGAGACAUCACAAUGUAUUUCUAUUGUUUAGUGAUAAUUUAAACAGCUCAGACUUGUAAUCAAGUGAAAUUUAUACACGUUCUGUAAUAGUUGUGAACAAUUAGUCCAACUGGAGACCCAGUGAAGCCAACUCUACCUUAUCAAGUUAUUCCAUGUUUAGGAGUUUAGAGCUUUGAGCUGUAAUUGUUUGCAUAUUGGUUAAAUCUAUAUUGAGCAAGAACAACUGCAAUUGCUGUUAUGAUGUGUACAGUUUGUGAUAACUUUUGUAACAAUUUAAAGUAAACAUUUGGAAUAUGAUUUAUUGUAUCUGUUUCAUAUGUAUUUUAACAAAAUAAAUAAGAAAUGAAGAGCCACA